AAGUCAGACGUUUACCCAUGCUAGCUUGAAGAAAACCUCAGCAGCGAACCAACGGCAGCCUACGAUGGUCUCCGUUGGGGGGACACAAUAAAAACGGGGGACUUGGCGAGGCUUUGGAUCCCUGAGACGACCAUCGUCGCUUCGAGUAGACAAAGAGGGGGAAUCCGCGAGAGACCCGGGCGAGCCAGUGUCGCUGAGUGCCGCUGAGUGCCGGGGGAGGGCGGCCGCUACUGCCGCCGUAGAGCUGUCGGGCUCGGACAGGGCGGGGCGGGUGAUGUUUAGGUUCCGGUAUAAAGGCAGCGAGGCAAUGGCAAGCAGACGAGACGCGGAGCCGGCUGCUGACGCCGUCGUUUUGUGCCGGAGACUAGAAUGAGGAGUUCGACGUGUUGCUGUCACGCGCCGGCGGUUUAGCCGCCCGGGGAGGCCGCUCGCUGGGGGAAGGAGCGUCUCUGCGGCGCCCUUGCGCCCUCACACCGACAAUAAGAUGAGGACGAUAUUUACGUUCUGUUGUCUCUUCGUCAUUACCGGCCGGGUGGACCGGGCGUGGGCCACCGGGAACCUCACCGUCGACGGCGGCGAAGACACCAACCGGACGGCCGGCAGCGGGUUCAUCUCCAUCGGGGACGGCUCGUCGCAGGAAUUCGAGUUCCCCGAAAACACCAACGGCGUGAUUGUGAUCUCCAGCCGGUACCGGAGCGCCGCGGCCAGCAGGCAGGGCCGCCAGAGCCGGAAGCAGACGGUGACGGUCCGCUCCCUGGACCCGGAGGUCCUCUCCAUACUCAACGUGACGGACAGUGGCCGCGCAUCCGCGGCCAGGAGCUACGUUAUCAGCAUCCGCUCCGGGUUCCCCGGCCGGGCCCAGCUGCAGAUCCAGCUGCUGGACUUGGAUCAGGAUUCGGCGCCGGUUCUGAUCGAAGAGCGAACCGAUUACUCCAUCAGAGUGGCGCCAGGCAGCGAUGACCCGGCCACCCGGCUGGUCCAGUCCGGCGGCCUGUCCCAUUUCUCCGAGAACCCCGUGCUGUUUGCCCUGCUGCCCCUCAUAUUCGUCAACAAGUGUGCGUUUGGGUGCAAGGUGGAGGUGGAGGUGCUGCGGGGCCUACUGAGGAGCCCCGUGCCGCUGCUCCUGGGGGUGCUCGGGCAGUUCCUGGUGAUGCCCCUGUAUGCCUACUGCGUGUCCCGGCUGGCCUCGCUGCCCAAAGCGCUGUCCCUGGGACUGGUCAUCACCUGCUCGGCCCCGGGCGGCGGGGGCGGCUACCUGUACAGCCUGCUGCUCGGAGGAGACGUCACGCUGGCCAUCUCCAUGACCCUGGUCUCCACCGUGGUGGCGGCGGCGGCCAUGCCCCUUUCGUCGGCCCUGUACGGCCGGCUCCUGGGCGUGCACGCCGCCCUGCACGUGCCCUUCGUGAAAAUCCUCGGCACCCUCCUGUUCAUCGCCAUCCCCAUCUCGCUGGGCAUGCUGGUCAAGUUGCGCCUCCCUGCCCUCACGCGCGUUCUGCUGGCCCUCAUACGGCCCUUCAGCUUCGCGCUCAUCGUGGGCGGCAUCUUCAUGGCCUACCAGAUGGGCGCGUCCAUCCUGGCCAACGUCAGGCCCCAGAUCGUGGUGGUCGGCGUGACGGUGCCUUUGCUGGGGCUGGUGGUCGGCGCCGUCCUGGCCAAGGUAGCGGGUCUUGCGCCGCCGCUAAGGAAGACGGUCAGCAUCGAGGUGGGCGUCCAAAACAGUCUGCUGGCGCUCGCCGUCAUGCAGCUGUCUUUCCGGCGGGCGGAGGCGGACUUUGCGUCCCAGGCGCCCUUCAUCGUGGCCCUCAGCAGCACGUCGGAGAUGCUGCUCAUCGUCCUGGGCUAUUAUGCCCGGCGGAAGUUGUGCGGCUCCACCGUCCCCGACGCCUGAUUGUAGCCGCUGUGUUUUUUUCUUUUCAUUCAGAACUUGAACUCUUUCCAACCUGUGGACAUUUGGUGUCUUGGAGACCGUCGCGUCGUCCCCGUGGUGGUGGCGCACCGGACAGCGAUUGGACUCUUUUCUUUUGGAGUUCUGUUGUUUUUGUAUUUUUUUGUGAAAACCAAAGGCCUUUUCCCCCUCUUUGACUCCCCUUUUUGUGUUUAUUUUACAGUACGUACUUUUUAAAAUCAGAUUAUACUGUGAGGUAGUCGGUGUAAAUAUUCCUACAAAGAAACAUGCCUAUAAAAGAAAAGCUAUUUUUGUACGAGAUAACUUUUUGUAAUAACAACGCAAAGCUCAAUUUGCAUCAUGUUUACAAGAGGUCCAUGUGUCUUAAUGGGGGGGGGGAGUGUUUUAGGGGUUAAGUGGAAUAAUUUGGAGUGUAAUCAAACGGGAACAUGAUGUUAUGAAAGUAUUUGCCACUGAUUGUGUCUCCUGGAUUUGUGAAUCCAUGUACUUGAAGCAAGGAGAAAUGGAGAAAAGGUCAAUAAAAACAUUGUUAAAGGUGUGUGUAUGUGUGUGCGUCACACGUUGAUGUUGAG